GGAGAGAGGAAGGGAUGAAAAACGACUGGAAGAGCUGUCUGUGCAGCACGGUGCAGUGUGUGAGGAGUUGAGAGGUCUACAGGCAGAGCUGUGCCAAGCGACAGAGCAGCAGAGGAGGGCAGAGAGAGAGACCGAGGAACUACUAAGAGAGAACCAGGAUGUGGCGGGGAAUGUCCUCUCACUGGAGAGAGAGAGAGACCAGCUAGGAGAGGACAUAGAGGAACUCAGGGUCCUGACGGUGUCCCAGCAGCACCAGUUAACCCAGGCCCAACAGCAGGUCUCAGGGCUGGAGGUACAGAGUAGGCAGCUACAUCUCCAGGUCACCACUCUGCUCCAGACCAAGGAUGUGAUGCAGGGGGAGGUCCAGUGUCUGAGGGGAGAGAUGGAGAGAGGGAGGAGCCAGACAGAGAAGAAGAAACAGGAGGAGCGAGAGGAGAGGGAGGUCUGGCAGGCUGACCUGGAAAGGCUGCAGUUACUGGUAGAUCAGACAACAGAGAAAAGGACGAGAGAAGAGGAGGAACGGAGAGAAGAGAGGGAAGGAUGGCAGCGAGAGAGGAUGGCGUUGAGCUCCGAGCUGGGGCACAGAGAUGGAGAGGUGGUGGCGAUGAAGAGCAGGAUGGAGGGAUUGGAGAAGGAGAAGGAGGAGAUGUUGUGUCUGUUGGAGGAGAGAGAUACAGAGCUGGAGAGACUAACCGCAGAACACAAGAGCCACCAACANAACACAGAGAGAGAAAACUGAAGGACGAGGGGGAGAGAUGGAGAGAGAGAGCAGAGGAGGGAGAGAGAUGGAGGGAGA